GCAAGGGUAAAUAUUCAAAGUCAUGUGCUUUAAAUGUAUGGUGUGGAAUAUGACUACAUAUUGCCACUCAAAUGGUGAUAAUUAUUUGGGGGUGGUUUAUUCCUCUGUUUCUAUAAUAGCAACUGGGGAUAUGUGUGCUUCAAAUGCUAGUCUACUCUUGGUCAUUGGGCUAAGGGUGAUUAUUUCCAAUUGCACUAUGUACAGUGGGAUGAAGAUAAUCUGUUUCUGUCUUGUAUGUGGAAUAGAGGAGCGGGGACCCUGUUGCAUGUUAAGUGUGGACAAUUUAAACAAGGGGUACUGAAGCCUCCCAUUUUGGGUACCUGAAUUUUUAAGGUGGUGUUAUUUUUCAAGUAGGCUGAGACUUCCUUGGUUUGAUGAAGAUGAUUAAGGCCAACCUAUCAGCCUGGAAUUAAUAUUGUCCUGAUGUUCAGUUGUAAUCUUUUCCUCGUCCCCUGGAACAGGUUGAUGAGACUACUGGGUGUGGACAGCGUAUGACAUACUGUCAUUGAGCAAUUUAGGACACACCCGGUUGUAUUUUGUGGACCUUCCUUGCCUUUGAAAAGCUAGUCUGCAUUCUCAGUGGAUUCUUCUUUUGCAGUUGUACUCAAAAUAACCCACAUGGAGCGAUAACUUGUCUAUCUGGACCCAAAUGAAUCAUGGAAAAGAGUGGCAGCCCCCAGUAAUUCUCAUUUUCCAAGAAAAAGACCUCACCCUAGUGGGAAUUCUCCUCGCAAUCCCAGAUAUUGUUUCUGCUCCUCUCUCUCAACCCAGCUCAAUAUCAUUCAAAGUGUGGACAAAAUGUUGCCUUCGUAGGGUCCUCUACACCUUGGCCCACAAUCACUGUUGCCACUGCAGCCCUCCUUCAAAGACUGUUCAUGUGACUUCGCGUCUGUGGCAAGAUUGCUUGCAAGAUUGCGUCCAGGAUCAUAAAGUCAACAAUGUCAGAAGGGGACAGUACUGGCGAGUCCAUUCAUGGCAAAUCUUCAGUGGUCUUUAGAUUUUUCACAAGACUUGGACAGAUUUAUCAGUCCUGGUUAGACAAAUCUACUCCUUAUACUGCAGUGCGAUGGGUCGCAACGCUGGGUUUAAGUUUUCUCUACAUGAUAAGAGUUUAUCUACUGCAGGGUUGGUACAUCGUGACAUAUGCCUUGGGCAUCUACCACCUAAACCUUUUCAUAGCUUUCUUGUCGCCAAAGGUAGAUCCCUCUCUAAUGGAGGACUCAGAUGAGGGUCCUUCAUUACCUACAAAACAAAACGAGGAGUUUCGGCCCUUCAUUCGAAGGCUGCCAGAAUUCAAAUUCUGGCACUCCGCUACUAAAGGCAUCCUUGUUGCAAUGACAUGUACAUUCUUUGAGGCUUUCAACGUUCCAGUUUUUUGGCCAAUUCUUGUGAUGUACUUCAUUAUGCUUUUCUGCAUCACAAUGAAAAGGCAAAUCAAGCAUAUGAUAAAAUAUCGAUAUAUACCCUUCACACACGGCAAGAGGAAAUACAAAGGGAAGGAAGAUGUGGGGAAGACCUUUGCUAGCUAGAAAUUAUACUGAGCCUGCUGACCAACUCCCUUCAUUACAAUUAAAAGUCCAGUUUUGAGCCAUUGUAA